CCACCCUCCAUCCUCCUCCGUCCUGGCUAUGGCCUCCGUCUCCCUCUCGUUGGCGCUCUCCCCUCUUCUCCUCCCAGCCCCGCGUCCCCGACGCCAGUCGCGACCCAUCAACCCUGGGAUUCCUAGGCGCCUACGGCUCAGCCUUGCGCACGGCGCACCUUCCCGUUUCGCUGGCCCGGUAGCCGCAGCCCCGGACGGCGUAGCCAUCGCGGACGUGGUGGAGAAGGACUGGUCCUUCCUUGAUGCGGCCGCGGCGGGUGGAGGCCUCCUACGCGCGCUCGCGGCGGGGGAGCUCUCCCCCGCGUCGCGCGUGCUGGCCGUGACGCCCGCGCCGUCCUUCGUGGCCGCGCUCCUCUCGGGGACCCCCUGCCAGCUCCUGGUGGCCGCGCACGAGUCCCUGUACGUGCUGGCGGGGAUCAAGGAGGGGCACGACGAGGUGAGGUGCUUCCACUUGGAGGGAGGGGGAGGCGGCAGGGGAGGCGGAGUGGUGGAGGCCGUGCCGGAGAGGUUCAACGCGUUCGACGCGGUGUUCGUCUGCUACCUCCCCGGAAUGGGUGUCUCGGUCGCCGCGCUGCUCAAAUCGCUGGUCAAGAGAUGCUCCAAAGGUGGAAGAGUUGUCAUCUUCUUGGAUCAAGGACGGCAGAAUUUGGAGCUACAUCGCAGGGAAUAUCCUGAAGUUGUAACGGCUGAUUUGCCUACUAGGUCUUCUCUGGAGAAGGCUACAGCCGGUAGCAAAUUUGAAAUAGUAGAGUUUGUUGAUGAGCCUGCUUUGUAUCUUGCUGUUUUGGAGUUUCAAGGAUGAACUUGUUGAAAACAAAAAAUUAUAUAUACAUGUUAUCAUCCGUGCCCGCAAGAAUCAAAUAGUCUGUAGAUAUGCAAGAAAUUAUCUCAAAGU